AUGCUUGGAGCUAUCUACAUCACGGAUGCUGGCAGCAAUUUGGUCUUUGAGUACUUGAUUAAUCUUUCAUCACCUAGCUUCAAGUCGCUUUCUAGCAUAUUAAGUCAAAAGUCUCGACCAGGCACUGAAAGCGCUCUGUCAUUGAUCGAGAUUAAUAAGAACUAUUAUGUAACAUUUUCAGAUAUUAAAGGCUUGCGGUUAUAUGUUCUCUGCUCGAAUGAACAUGCAUUCAAUCCCAUGGUACCAUACAUUUUCAUGAGUCAAUUAGUUGAUAUCAUGGAAGAAUAUUUUGGAGCUCCAUUAACUUCAACAAAAAUCGAUGCGAACAGUGACACUUUAAUGCUUCUAUUAAGCGAAAUGGUAGACGAUGGAAUACCAAAUAUUACGGAUUGUAAUGCUUUAAGGGAUAUUGUGCCGUUCAAAAGUUUGCUUUCCAGAAUUUUGAGCACACCGAAUCGAAUUGCAAAGGCAUCUUCUCCCAAUCCUUUGAGUCAAACAUCUGAAACUAGCAAAGAAAUACUGCUGAUCCCAUGGAGGAGGUCUAAUGUGAAAUAUACCAAUAAUGAGAUGUAUGUUGAUGUUAUAGAAAACUUGAGCGUAAUAUUGAAGCCUAUAUCCAGAAUCGCGUCCGGAACUCUAUCAUCUGUUAAAGCAUUUGAUUCAGCAUUUUAUUCAUCUUCCAAUUGGAAACCUGCUACAAGACUUAUACCAAUAUCUGGAUUUAUCGAUGGAAAGGUCAAUUUUGUCUCUCAUUUAAGUGGUGUACCAAUGUUGCAAAUGGUGCUUCUGGGUAGAGACUUAGAUAAGAUAACCCCGAGUUUUCAUCGUUGUAUUAAGGUUAAGAACUGGAUUGAUAAUCCUGGCCACAUGUCAUUCAUUCCCCCCGAUGGACGAAGUACACUAAUGAACUAUAAACUUGAUUUGGACACAAUGAAUAAGUCAUAUCAACAAGAAGUGUUGGAUUUAAUAGAUAUUGAUUACCAAUCUGGAGUAGGUGUAAACCAAAAUGAGUUUCAGAUCAAGCUAUUCAUUAAAAGCGAUAUGAAUAUAACCAAAAUAGACAAUUUGAUGAUUGAAAUACAUGUUGGAUCCCGGGCAGACAAUGAAGAUGAACUGAAAAUCGACAUGAGAGAUAUAAACAUAAAGACAAAUCGAGUAACUCAUGGGGAUGCAAUGCCUAAGGAUAAGGGGAAAGUGGAGUGGAACUUGCGAACAGUUUCCACUGGGAUUCAGGCAGUCUUCGAUGGUUCCAUAAGUGUGGGUCAAGCUGAAAAUACAGUUUCAUUUGAUAAUCAACCCCACACUUCUGCCGAUUUGAUUUCCAUAGAAGACAAUGUCAGUGAAAAAAAAUCAACGAGAGCUCCUAUAUCUUUGAAGCCCUCUUUUUUGAGACUAUCUUAUUCACAUAAAGGUAGCGUUCCCAGCGGCUGGAAAGUUGAUAGUUUGAAGAUUGUGAGUGCAAAAGGUUUAGGUGACACUGUGAAGCCUUAUAAGGGUGUCAAAUAUAUAACUAAAACUGGAAACUACAUUAUUCGUUCUUGA